AUGUUGCUUAAUAGUGUGCUGUUGUUCUCACGGAGAUUGGCAGCCUCUGCCAGACUCUCCAGCUUCAGAACAUUCACAGUGUCGUCGCUUGCUAGAAAUGCUGAGCCUUUCUACCGUGGCGGAGAAUUGGUCAGCAAGCUUAAAACUGGUGACCACGGCAAGCUUGUUGACGUGUCCAAGGUCUUGGUUAUCGGUUCCGGAGGUUUGUCUAUUGGUCAGGCCGGUGAGUUCGACUACUCAGGAUCCCAAGCCAUCAAGGCCUUGAAGGAGGCCAACAAGAAGUCUAUCUUAAUUAAUCCUAACAUUGCAACCAACCAGACGUCGCAUGCGUUGGCUGACGAAAUCUACUACUUGCCUGUCACUCCUGAAUACAUCACCUACAUUAUCGAAAGAGAGAAACCAGAUGGAAUCUUGUUGACUUUUGGUGGUCAAACUGCACUCAAUGUCGGUGUCAAAUUGGAGAAAAUGGGUGUUUUCGAGAGAUACGGCGUCAAGGUUUUGGGUACGCCUAUUAAGACUUUGGAGACUUCUGAGGACCGUGACCUUUUCGCCCAGGCCUUGAAGGAAAUCAACAUCCCAAUCGCUGAGUCUAUUGCUGUGGAAACCGUUGAUGACGCUUUGGCUGCUGCUGAAAACAUCGGUUACCCUAUCAUUGUUCGUUCUGCCUACUCUUUGGGUGGUUUGGGUUCCGGUUUUGCUGCCAACAAGGAAGAACUCAGAGACUUGUCGUCUCGUUCGUUGUCGUUGGCUCCUCAGAUCCUCGUGGAGAAGUCCUUGAAGGGUUGGAAGGAAGUCGAAUACGAGGUUGUUCGUGACCGUGUUGGAAACUGUAUUACCGUCUGUAACAUGGAAAACUUUGACCCAUUGGGUAUUCACACUGGUGACUCUAUUGUGGUGGCUCCUUCUCAGACCUUGUCCGAUGAGGAGUACCACAUGUUGAGAUCUGCUGCCAUCAAGAUUAUCCGUCACUUGGGUGUUGUUGGUGAAUGUAAUGUCCAGUAUUGUUUGCAACCAGAUGGCUUGGAUUACCGUGUCAUUGAGGUUAACGCUCGUUUGUCUCGUUCGUCCGCAUUGGCUUCCAAGGCUACUGGUUACCCAUUGGCUUACACUGCUGCCAAGAUUGCCUUGGGUCACACCUUGCCGGAAUUGCCUAACCCUGUUACCAAGACCACCUCCGCCAACUUCGAGCCAUCUUUGGACUACAUGGUCACCAAGAUCCCAAGAUGGGAUUUGUCUAAGUUCCAGCACGUCAAGAGAGACAUUGGAUCUGCCAUGAAGUCUGUGGGUGAAGUUAUGGCCAUUGGUCGUACUUUCGAGGAAUCUUUCCAGAAGGCUAUUAGACAGGUUGACCCAUCGUACAUUGGAUUCCAAGGUGACCACUUCGAAGACUUGGAUGAUGUUUUGGCUAACCCAACCGACAGAAGAUGGUUGGCUGUGGGUCAGGCUUUGCUCCACGAGAACUACUCUGUCGACAGAGUCCACGAGUUGACCAAGAUCGACAAGUGGUUUUUGUACAAGUUGAUGAACAUCGUCUACAUGUACCGUGAGUUGGAGGCUGCUGGUCUGUUAGCCAACAUCAAUCACGACUUGAUGGGCAGAGCUAAGAAGCUUGGAUUCUCUGAUAAGCAAAUUGGUCUUUGCGUGGGAGCCAAGGAAUUGGAGGUUCGUGCUGUUAGAAAGGGUUUCGGUAUUGUUCCAUUUGUCAAGAAGAUCGACACCUUGGCUGCUGAGUUUCCUGCGAACACUAACUACUUGUACACCACCUACAACGCCACUUCUUCUGAUCUCGAAUUCAACGAGCACGGUACUAUGGUCUUGGGCUCUGGUGUUUACAGAAUCGGAUCUUCUGUCGAGUUCGACUGGUGUGCUGUGGCUACUGCUAGAGCCUUGCGUAAGUCUGGACACAAGACUAUCAUGAUCAACUACAACCCAGAAACCGUGUCCACUGAUUUCGAUGAGGUUGACAGAUUGUACUUCGAGGAGCUUUCCUUGGAGCGUGUUUUGGAUAUUUACGAGUUGGAGACUGCCCAGGGUGUGGUCGUCAGUGUGGGAGGUCAGUUGCCUCAGAACAUUGCUCUUACUUUGCAGAAUGAAGGUUGUAAUGUUUUGGGAACCAACCCAGAGGAUAUCGACAAGGCCGAGGACAGACACAAGUUCUCGCAGAUCUUGGACUCUAUUGGUGUUGAUCAGCCUCAGUGGAAGGAGUUGACUUCCAUCGCCGAGGCCGAGUCUUUUGCUGACCAGGUUGGCUACCCAGUUUUGGUUAGACCUUCUUACGUCUUGUCUGGUGCUGCCAUGUCCGUCAUCAACAACAAGGGUGAGUUGGACUCCAAGUUGUCGAAUGCUGCUAAGGUUUCUCAGGACCACCCAGUGGUGAUCUCUAAGUUUAUCCAGGGUGCUCAGGAAAUUGACAUUGAUGGUGUUGCUCACCAAGGUAAAGUUUUGGUUCAUGCUGUUUCCGAGCAUGUUGAGAACGCUGGUGUCCACUCCGGUGACGCUACUUUGGUGUUGCCUCCUCAGAACUUGUCUCCUAUCAUUUUGCAAAGACUCAAGGUCAUUGCUGACAAGGUUGCUUCUGCCUGGAAAAUCACUGGUCCUUUCAACAUGCAAGUUAUCUUGAACGACCAGAACGGUACCUUGAACGACAACGAUGCCGAAUUGAAGGUCAUCGAGUGUAAUAUCCGUGCUUCUCGUUCGUUCCCAUUCGUUUCCAAGGUUUUGGGUACUAACUUCAUUGAGGUUGCAGCCAAGGCUCUUCUUAACGAGAACGUACCUGCUCCUGUCGACUUGAUGUCCCAGAAGUACGACCGUGUUGCCACUAAGGUCCCACAAUUCUCUUUUACUCGUUUGGCUGGCGCCGACCCAUUCUUGGGUGUUGAGAUGUCUUCUACCGGAGAGAUUGCCUGUUUCGGAAAGAACUUGGUGGAGGCCUACUGGACGUCUAUCCAAUCCACCAUGAACUUCAACGUUCCACACCCAGGAACCGGCAUUUUGUUUGGAGGUGACUUGACCAACGACAAAUUGGGCAAUGUUGCUAAGACAGUGUCUGGACUUGGCUACAAGUACUACACUGCUUCCCAGGAGGUUGCCGACUACUUGUCGAAAUACGUCUCUGAGUCUGUUGAGGUGAUCGACUUCCCAAAGACUAACAAGAGAGCUUUGAGAGAGAUUUUCCAAGAUAAGGACAUCAAGGCUGUGUUCAACUUGGCAUUCGCUAGAGCCGAAAGCUUGUUGGAUGAAGACUACGUGAUGAGAAGAAACGCCAUUGACUUUGGUAUUCCAUUGUUCAACGAGCCAAACACGACGUUGUUGUUUGCUCAGUGUUUGAAGGAAAAGAUCGGCGACAAGUCCAAGUUCGAGGUUGUGCCAACCACGGUGGUUGUGCCUGAGGAGGUUAAGAGAUGGAGUGAAUUCUUGGGUGGAAAGCCCGUGUGA